AUGUCCAGCCAAUACAACCAGACCCAGCAUCCGCAGACGGGCUAUAGACAGCCACUUAUGAUGUCGAGACCAAUCUCCACCCUUUCCCGCCAACCGGUCGCAUACCAGGACUACGAGCAGCAGCAGCUGAUGGCUUACCAAGAACAAGCCUCACACAUCCUCCGCCAACAGGCUUUGCGGCCCGCAAACCAUCCAGAAGCAGCGCCGGCCCAACAGCAGAGCCAGGCUGUGACGGACUACGACCAAUACGGACAAAUGGUGUACUGCGGUCCCGCACCACCUCUGGCCGUCUACGAGAAGACACCCCUCGCCAAACAAAAGGCCAGCUUAACGAAAGCCGCUUUCCACACCCUGCAGCUCCUGGACGGGAGUGUGCGAACCAUGAUGAUUCGCGGUCCUAUCCACCAGUCCACGGCCACCCCUAUGUCCAAGUUGGUCGUCUUAAACGCCCACGGCAAAACGGUCGAAGCCGACCACAUUACCGUGUCGUAUAAAGACGCUAAGCUAGUGGCUAGCUGCGAACACCUCACUGCGCAUGGGUAUGUGAAGCGUCCGAGGUCGUUCGACGUGAUUGAUGCGACGUCUGACGAGUGCCUGCACGGGAAUGGCGAGCUGCAUCGUAGAGGGCACAAGGAGCGCUGGCCUAAGGCUAUGGACUCAGCCAUCAUGGCUAUCGAUCUUAGUAACCCCCCGCUCUAA